AUGACCUACGGAGCCAAGAUCAUAGCUCAAGCACUUCAUGACUUGGGCGUGAGAGUAUUAUUCGGAUUGCCCGGCCUACCUGUCACCGACAUUGGGCAGGAAGGAUUGUAUCUGGGGAUUCGUUUCAUUGGUUUUCGGAACGAGCAGGCAGCGGCAUAUGCUGCCACAGCAUAUGGCUACUUGACUGGCAAACCAGGCGUAUGCAUAUGUGUGGGUGGACCGGGCGUGUUCCAUGUGCUGGCUGGUAUCCCGCAUGCCAAUGCCAACUCAUGGCCACUGCUAGUACUGGCGGGUUCGAGCGAGACACAUAACGCUGGCAGAGGGGCAUUCCAGGAAGUGGAUGCCAUCACACUCCUCUCGCCUAUUGCAAAACUGGCUGUUCGACCUCCAUCGCCGGAGCUUAUUCCCACAUUUAUCAAGGAUGCCUAUCGGGCGGCCUGGUUUGGACGGCCAGGAGCGGCGUUCGUCGAUCUACCGGCGAAUCUGAUCCUUGGUCAUCACGAUGUUCCACGAAACCAGUUACCGGCAUUGACGGAGGUGCCGCUUUCGAUGGCACCCGAAGCGAAGAUUCGUGACAUAGUCAAUGCCUUGAAGUAUGCGCAAGCGCCGCUCAUCGUGAUUGGAAAAGGAGCAGCAUACGCCCGUUCCGAGGCACAACUCAGGAGACUGGUCGAAAGCACUGGCAUACCAUUUGUGCCGACACCCAUGGGCAAAGGCGUUGUUCCAGAUUCGAGCACCUAUAACGUCUCAGCAGCCCGAUCGACCGCUCUGAAGGAAGCUGAUGUGGUCUUGGUCUUAGGCGCGAGACUCAAUUGGAUUCUGUCGUUUGGCCUUCCACCAAAAUGGAAUCCAACAGCCAAGAUCAUCCAGGUGGAUAUCUGCCCAGACGAGCUUGGAAAAAACGGAGGCCAUCCCACUCUGAGUGUUGCUGGUGACAUUGCUUUGGUCGUUGAUCAGAUCCAAGCUCAGCUUGGGAGCUGGCAAUGGCAAGGAAAGCCAUCACAGUUUCAACGAAGUCUGCAAGCUGCGAGGUCGAAGAACGAGGACAAGGCUGCGAAGAAGGCCGCAAUAACAAAGCUGCCCAUGCCGUACGAGCGUGCCUACGACAUCAUAAAGAAGACUUUGAAUGGCCUGUCGAAACCCGAGAACGGCGACAUCGUCUACGUGUCCGAGGGCGCAAACGCGAUGGACAUCUCUCGGUCCAUCUUCGGCUUGGAGCAUCCCCGAACCAAGCUGGAUGCUGGAACGUACGCAACCAUGGGCGUUGGCUUGGGCUAUGCUGUGGCAGCCUACGCAGCCUACAACUUUCCAGAUCCGGAAGGCUCAGCUGGUAGCAAGGAGCGCAAGAAGAUCGUGUGCAUUGAGGGCGACAGCGCCUUCGGCUUUUCCGGCAUGGAGGUCGAGACCAUGGCCCGAUUCCAGAUGGAUGUUCUGAUCUUUGUCAUGAACAACAGUGGUCUCUAUCGCGGAGACACUGAUUCUGCUGACAAGUGGGAGGAGAAGCGUAGGAACACCGUCACGGGGACGACGACGACGGGCGCUGGGCUGACUGCGUGGGCACUCGGCUACGAGACCAAGUACCACAAGAUGGCUGAGAUGGCUGGAGGUAUAGGGUACGAGGUUCGGACGCCAGAAGAGCUGAGAAAGGCCACGGAACGGGGAUUCAAAGCUAAGGUUCCAGUGGUGGUGAAUGUGAUCAUUGACCCGCAAGCGGAUCUGCCCAUGGAAAGGUUUGUGCGGGAAACAAGCGCCGUGGCAGACCGUUGA